AUGAAUGUUAAAUACUUCAAUGAAGGACUCGAAUGCCUCAUGUAUUGCGGUCAAAAACUUACACCCGAACAGAAGGUUAUAAUUGAAAAUUCGCUUAUUGUUCUACAAAAUGAAAAUCGUUUAUCUAGCAUGCAUUUUUGGGGUCGUAUUAAUGCUAUAACAAGCGACUACUACAUCGCUUUUGGCUACACGCAGGAUUGCCUAAAAGACCGUAAGUUUUUCUACACGGUUGAUGGGUAUCAGUGGAUGAUGUUGCCAUUUGUGCAUAGCACCAAAAUUUUCCAAGCGACUAUUUUAUGCCGUGAACCUUUUAUUGGCGAUCCGAUUCUGGUUACAACAGUGGAGUUGGAUCCUACAUUUGAAAUCGAUAACUAUCAAGUAAUCUCAGCGAAUAUGCCAGAAAAGGUGAAACUUAAAGAAGAGGAACGUCUCGCUGCGAUAGUAUUUAUCAUUACCGAGGAAUGUGCAAUUUGUCCGCGAGGCGCCCUUUACAAACUUACUGAUGGACGUGUUAUACCAAACCAGAUGUUUCGCGGUCUGAACGACCUAGAAGUCGAGAACAUGUCCAAUUACCAAAUCUUUCGCCUACCCCGAUGCGACCUAAAACACAAUCUGCUCAAGCGUAGUGACUAUAACUACGCCAUCGACUUUUUGGACUGCAUAGCCGAUGUUAUUCCAUUACGUCAAGCAUUUUCACUCAAUUUAAUGCGAAGUGAGCGUUUAGUUAUUAUAAAAUCUUGCAUCUGGUCAGGUAUGACAUUUUUUCACAAGUUAAAUUCGCGCAAGCAUGGUUUUUGUUAUUUUGGCGACGGCAAGAAAAACUAUGAUCUACUUUUUAUGUACUAG